AUAUUCGGUUGUAAUGGCGGAUAGACGCUUUACUACAUCGCCGUACUAAAAAUAGGAUUAUAGAUUUUGCGAUUGUCUUUCUUUGUCGUUGUAGUCAUUUUACGCGAUAUUAGAUCCUGGUACGCAGUUGACAUCGUAAUAUAUAAUUUUCACUUGCUCUUGUUUCCAAGAGCCCGCUAAUGAUGGAAGGUCCACCAAAUCGUGGUUUCCGUGGUGGAGGACGCGGUGGACCACCAGGAAUGAGGGGAAGAGGUGGUUUCGAUGUACGUGGACGGGGUGGAUUUGGCAUGAGAGGUCGCGGUGGACCACCUAGGGGCGGGCCGCCUAUGCGUGGAGGCCCACGUGGUUUUGGAGGUGGCCCGAUGCGCGGAGGCGGUGAUCGAGGGGGAAGAUUUCCACCUGGACCGCAAGGACCUGGUCCACAUCCAGUACCUACCAUUGAGUCGCGGGGUGCACCACCUCCACGUGGUGGCUUUAACAAUAGAGGGGGGCCUGGUGGUAUGAGAGGCAGAGGUGGUAGAGGCCGAGGAGACUUCGGACAGCGUGGUGAUAGAGGUGCUGGUCGUGGAGGAAUGCCAAUGAGAGGUCGUGGUGGAAGAGGUGGCCAUGGUCCACCUCCAGGUCCUCCUGGACCAGCUCCGGGAGUUGUGCCUCCAGUGGUGGGUCCUGUGCAGCCACCACCGCGUCCCGCACCACCACAUGCUGCCGGUGCGCCUGCAGCUCAGCCACAGGGUCCUCCCUUCAAGCGUGGUGGAGGUGUAAUACGUGGUGGACCCAGUGGACCUCCUAAACGUGGCAGAUUUGAAGGCCCACGUGGUGGAGGUAGGGGAUCUGUUGGACAUCCACCUCCUCAAUCAAAUGGAUAUGUACCAUCACACACUGGAUAUCAGCCAUAUGAGCCACCAACUGCUGAUAUUUAUACACAACAAUCAUACAGUGCACCAAGCUCAUAUCAAGAUGGUGGUUACUCUGCACCGGCAGCUGCUCAGGUCACUUCUGGAUAUAGUUCCAGUGGUUAUGGGGCGGGCUAUGGAUACUCAACAGGUGGUCCAGGAAGUUACGAAAAUGAUGGUUACAGCGGCGGAGUGGGCGGGGCGGGUGACGCCGGUUACGGAGCAGCAGAGUCCGCAUACGGCGGCGCUGCCUCCGCGUACGACACGUAUUCACAACCCGCCUACAACUCCUAUCCGCCCCAACAACAGUACUCUAACAGCUAUGGCAGUUGGUGAUCUGUUUGAUUGUAACAGAAUAAAAUUUACAUCUUUAACUUCGAUCUAAAGAUAAUUAAUAUCUGUAUAAAGUGGAUGAAAUAUCUCAAGUUAUUGGAUGUACAACAGAAACAAGUAUUGAAUUAGGUGUUGUGAAAAUCAGAUUAACGAGAAAUACAAAAACGAACUACAAGAUGCAAGAACAAACCAGUAUAAAUAAUUGAUAGACAAAUUUAAUUUGUAGUGACGGACUUUGUUUGAAAAGUCAGACAAACAAAGUAAAAUGAACUAGAACAUUAGGUUUUAUUACUGACUUAUGACUGGCUUAAAAGAAUGUCCUAUACUAAUAAAAUUAUUUAGAGCAAGAUCAGAAUAUUGUAAUUCCAGAAUUGUAUUUUAGGGUUAACAUUUUAUUAAGUACCUUUUCUUGGUAUGGCACCCAUGAUGUUUUAGUGAAUAAGAACUUAAUUUUUAAUAAAAGUAUAAAAUUAAUGUUUG